UAAUGGCAUAAUUCAAAUAAAUCUCCCUUUUAAGGUCAGCAAGUAUUAUUUCCUAGAAUGAUGAGCCUUAUAAAUCUCCAUAAUUAUAAAAAUUUACGUAAAGGAUAUUAUCAUAAUAAGAUCUUAAUUGGAAGACAUAGCAAAUGAAUUUGAAUACAGGCCUUUAACUAUUAGUAGACAAGCAUCAAAUUUUAUAUUGUAUGAUCCAAUCAAUAGUUUGGGGUCAAGAAGAUCAAUAACUUAUUAAACUUAUCUUCCUCCACUUUAGAAAUAAUAAUCACAGGUUUCUUAGAUGAAUGAUACUAAAAUAAAAGAAGAAUUAUCUAAAGAAAUUGAAUAGUUAUAAUAAUAAGAAAAAAUUGAUUUGAAAGAAGAUAGAGAUAACAAUAUAAUAAAAAAGUAAGAAUAAUGUAUAAAAACUAAUUAAAUACAAAAAAAAAUAAAGAAAAAAUAUAAUGAAUUAGAAUAAUAACCUUGUUUUUGUAGAAAUAGUGGUUGUUUAAAAAGAUAUUGUAGAUGUUUUCAUAGUGGAAGAAUGUGUUUAAAGGAGUGUUAAUGUGUUGAAGGAUGUUUGAAUAAUCAUGAUCAUCUAGAAGAACGAAAUAUUGCAAUAAAACAUGUUAAUGAAAAAUGUCAUAGAAAUAAGAAUGUACCUAAAGAAGCUCUAUUUAAACUUAAAGAUUCUUUUGGUUGCAAUUGUAAAAAGACUAGAUGUCAAACAGGUUAUUGUGAAUGUUUUCUAAGAAAAUCAAAAUGUACUAUGGAUUGUUAAUGUGAAAAUUGUGAAAAUGGUUUAGAUGAGGCAUUCUUGGAAAGUUAAAGAAUUAAAAAGAAUUAUAGAGUUAAAAGAAAGUGAG